AUGGCUGCACCAGGACGUCAGGCAAUGCGCCUGCUUUCGCCACGCAUACAGUACCUUUCACGACCAACCUCCAUCACAACCCAAAUCCGCCAUGCAUCGAGCAGAUACAGCCAGCCAGCGAAACGUUCAGUGGCCACUGCCGCCGAAAUACCUGUGUCCAACACAGCAUCUUGGAGCCCGCUCGAAAGUCGAACGAGCUUCCUCGAACAUGAGGAGAAGAGGCAAUACCACCUCGGCCGCAUGCGCUUCGCAGGGAUGGGCUUGUUAUUGACCAUGGGAGGAUUGGCAAUGGUUCUAUCAAACCUGGACCUGGACAGUAUCGAGCAAGCGGAGAAGAAAAGAAAAGGCAUACAGCUUGAUGCUGCAAGCGAAGCCAAUGCGACAUUCCAGGGUAAAGACGUGCAUGUGAUUGGUGCAGGUGAUUCAAAGAGGAUCGUUGCUUCCGGAUUGGGAGAGGAGAUUGAAUUGGUAGAGACUGGCACGAGCUCUGUGCCGCACUUUCCUAGGACGAUUUACCUGCCUGCGUCAUCUUCGGCGGCUGCGCCGGCCGUGCCUGCUGCUUCUGGAUUGGUGGUCGAUACAGCUCAGCCGGGCUCGGUUACGAACCCCUUAGACGCUUCUGGCCAGGAAGAGUAUACGCUCGUGGGUUUGGGCAUUCGUACGGUAAUGUGGAUACAAGUCUACGUGGUAGGCAUGUAUGUUCGCACCACCGACAUCACGACUCUGCAAGCGAAGCUCGUGAAGCAGGUCAAUCCUACUGCUUCUGCCCUGAUCCCGUCCGAGAAGAUGAGCCUAAGGGAAAAACUGCUGGACCCUGAGCAGAGUCGCGCAGUGUGGGGUGAAUUGCUGCAAGUCCCUGGCAUGAAGACUGCUUUCCGCAUUGCGCCGACAAGGAACACCGAUUUCGGUCAUCUGAGAGAUGGCUUUGUUUCGGGUAUCAAUACUCGGACGUCAGAAGCACGCAAGCUUACACAGACUGGUGAGACGGAGUUCGAUGCUGAAGACUUCGGCCGGUCAGUGCAGAACCUUAAGGGCAUCUUUGCUGGUGGUAAAGCACCAAAAGGUUCUAUCCUGAUCUUGAAGCGUGAUGAACGGGGUAUGAUGGACGUGCUAUACUCACCCCAGCCGGAGAAGAAUGGUGUCGCGAUGGAGACAUUGGGCUCGGUGGCUGACGAGCGAGUGAGCAGGCUGUUGUGGUUCGGCUACCUGGCGGGGGAGAAGGUAUCGUCGAAAGCGGCGAGGGAGGGUGUCGUGAACGGGUGCAUGGAGUUUGUUGAACGGCCUAUUGGCAGCGUGGAGACGAUGGUUCAUUGA